AUGUCGCCGGAAAAGGUCAACCUGCACACGUGCAGAGAGGCACAGGCCCUUCUGACGCAGACGGCCAGGGAAAAGGGUAUCGACAUUCUGUUCUGCAGCGAGCAAUACAGAAAAAUCGACCUAGGUUCCUGGUAUCAAGAUAAGUCGGGUAGGGCAGCUGUCCAGGUGUGCAAUCCCGAACUGAGGGUUGACAGAUACCUGGAGACGAGCAUUGGAUUUGUCUGGGUGGAAGUUGGAGACAUACGAAUGUAUAGCUGUUACUUUUCGCCUAAUGAUCCACUGACGGACUUCGAAGCCGACAUGGAAGAACUCGAAUCGAGCAUUAGAGAAUCCAGGUUGGAUGUACUUGUCACUGGCGAUUUUAAUGCUAAGUCGCCGGAGUGGGGCGAGUCAAGGUUCGAUAAAAGAGGCAAAGUGAUCGGAGAAAUGGUCUCCAGAAACAGUUUAAUUACUGUGAACCGGGGAGGAGCUUGGACGUUCAGGAGGGGUGCAAUCGGAUACAUCAUUGAUCUUACGAUAGCAUCAACUCCCUUAUUCAAACGCAUAAGCGACUGGCGAGUCUCUGAGGAGUAUACCGCAAGUGACCAUCAGUAUAUCGAGUUUUCGGUCUCAGUGGGAGACACAGGAGGAGGCAAAAGACAGGAAGUUCCGUGUCGAAAGUGCCCCUCAUGGAAUGUGAAGAAAAUCGAUAAGGAGAAAUUUGUCCGUGCCCUAGAAGAAGCCCGCCUUAUUAAGGAAUCGGGAUGGGUGAAGAGGCCAAAUACCCUGGAUGCAGAGGUGCGAGCGGUAAGGAAAGUCAUCACCACAGCUUGCGAUGCAUCUAUGCCGCGUCGUAAGCGAACCCCUUCACGGAAAAGCUCGGUGCACUGGUGGUCUGAUGCGCUGGCCUCCUUGCGGAAAGCGUGCUUCAAAGCUAGAAGGAAUUAUACCCAUUCUAAGGGAGAUCCUUUGCUAAAGGAAGUAUUUAAGGAGGCCAAGAAAAGCCUGAAAAAAGAGAUUCGAGCGUCACAACGCCGUUGCUGGAAAGACCUAAUUGAUGAUGUCGAGAAGGACCCAUGGGGUCUGAACAGUGGGUUAGAAAGGACUGGAGUACCUGCGAAGUCGGUGAGGAGGAACUCUUCACUCUUACAGAAUUGA